AUGAGAAAAUGGGUUAUACUCCAUCAAGAGGGCCACAUGGAUGAUGGACUAACACUUCAGAGAUGUCAGCAUGAAGAAUCUCAGGCUGCUCGAAUCAUCCGAAACACAACAUCUUUAUUUAGCCAAUUUGUAAGUGGAAACAAUCGAACUGCUGCACCCAUAACUCUGCCUAUAGAAGAAGUCCUUCAGACUUUGCAAGAUCUGAUCACCUAUUUUCAGCCUCCAGAGGAAGAAAUGCAACAUGAAGAUAAGCAAAACAAGCUUCGGUCACUCAAAAAUAGACAGAAUCUAUUUAAAGAAGAGGGAAUGUUAGCCCUUGUGUUAAAUUGCAUUGACCGUUUGAAUGUCUACAACAGUGUAGCACAUUUUACUGGGUUUGCAAGGGAAGAAAGUGGUACAGCUUGGAAGGAAAUUCUGAACCUCCUCUACCAAUUGUUAGCUGCCCUCAUUCGUGGUAACAGAAAUAAUUGUGCUCAGUUCUCCAAUAACCUGGACUGGCUGAUUAGUAAAUUGGACAGGCUAGAAUCUUCCUCAGGUAUUUUGGAGGUAUUACACUGCAUCUUGAUUGAAAGCCCAGAAGCCUUAAAUUUGAUAUCAGAGGGACACAUAAAGUCCAUCAUUUCUCUUCUGGAUAAGCAUGGCCGCAAUCAUAAGGUUCUUGAUGUACUUUGCUCUCUCUGUCUCUGUAAUGGGGUCGCAGUAAGAGCCAACCAGAAUCUAAUCUGUGACAAUUUGCUGCCCAGAAGAGAUUUGCUUCUCCAGACUCGGCUGAUUAAUGAUGUAAUAAGCAUCCGGCCAAAUAUUUUCCUUGGAGUUGCUGAAGGCUCAGCUCAGUACAGGAAAUGGUAUUUUGAGCUUAUAAUAGAUCAGGUGGAUCCUUUCAUAACAGCUGAACCUACACACCUCCGGGUAGGCUGGGCUUCUUCACCAGGCUAUGCACCUUACCCUGGUGGUGGAGAAGGCUGGGGAGGCAACGGUGUUGGUGAUGACCUAUACUCUUAUGGAUUUGAUGGGCUUCAUCUGUGGUCUGGCCGAGUUCCAAGAGCAGUGGCCUCUAUCAAUCAGCAUUUGUUAAAGUCUGACGAUGUGGUGAGCUGUUGCCUUGACCUUGGUGUGCCUAGCAUCUCAUUCCGAAUCAAUGGGCAGCCUGUGCAGGGAAUGUUUGAGAACUUCAGCACUGAUGGGCUCUUCUUCCCUGUGGUGAGCUUUUCAGCAGGCAUCAAGGUGCGUUUCCUUCUGGGUGGACGUCAUGGAGAGUUUAAAUUUUUGCCUCCAUCUGGUUAUGCCCCCUGCUAUGAAGCCUUGCUUCCAAAAGAGAAGAUGAUAUUGGAGCCUGUCAAAGAAUAUAAGCGUGAUUCUGAAGGAAUUAGGGAUUUGUUGGGCACUACACGGUUCCUCUCUCAAGCCUCCUUUAUCCCAUGCCCUAUAGACACCAGUCAGAUUGUUUUGCCUCCACAUCUAGAAAAGAUCCGAGACAGACUUGCUGAAAAUAUCCAUGAAUUAUGGGGAAUGAAUAAAAUAGAAUUAGGUUGGACCUUUGGCAAGAUCCGGGAUGACAACAAAAGGCAACACCCUUGUCUUGUGGAAUUCUCAAAGCUACCUGAAACUGAGAAGAAUUAUAACCUGCAAAUGUCAACAGAAACUUUAAAAACUCUUCUAGCCCUGGGAUGUCACAUUGCUCAUGUUAAUGUGGCUGCUGAGGAAGAUCUCAAGAAAAUAAAACUUCCCAAAAAUUAUAUGAUGUCAAAUGGCUAUAAGCCUGCCCCUUUGGAUCUGUCUGAUGUAAAGCUAUUGCCUCCUCAAGAAAUUAUAGUUGAUAAACUUGCAGAGAAUGCACACAAUGUUUGGGCAAAAGAUAGAAUAAAGCAAGGAUGGACCUAUGGCAUCCAACAGGAUCUGAAGAAUAAAAGGAAUCCUCGCUUGGUGCCAUAUGCAUUACUAGAUGAACGUACAAAGAAGUCAAACAGAGACAGUCUUCGUGAAGCAGUUCGAACAUUUAUUGGUUAUGGAUAUAAUGUUGAGCCUUCAGACCAAGAAUUAGCUGACCAAACAAUGGAAAAAGUCAGUGUGGACAAGAUACGAUUUUUCCGAGUGGAACAGUCUUAUGCAGUAAAAUCUGGAAAAUGGUAUUUUGAAUUUGAGGUGGUGACAGGAGGAGAUAUGCGUGUUGGCUGGGCCAGGCCAGGCUGUCGGCCUGAUAUUGAACUAGGUGCAGAUGAUCAAGCUUUUGUUUUUGAAGGCAGCAAGGGCCAACGCUGGCAUCAGGGGAGUGGAUAUUUUGGGCGGAACUGGCAACCUGGGGAUGUGGUUGGUUGUAUGAUUAACUUAGAUGAUGCAUCAAUGAUCUUCACUCUGAAUGGGGAACUAUUGAUCACCAAUAAAGGUUCAGAACUUGCCUUUGCUGACUAUGAGAUUGAGAAUGGUUUUGUUCCCAUAUGUUCACUGGGUUUGUCUCAGAUUGGCCGCAUGAAUCUUGGGAUGGAUGCCAGUACCUUCAAGUAUUACACCAUGUGUGGCCUCCAGGAGGGUUUUGAGCCUUUUGCUGUCAACAUGAACAGAGAUGUUGCUAUGUGGUUCAGCAAACGCCUCCCUACAUUUGUCAAUGUUCCAAAGGAUCAUGCUCAUAUAGAGGUUACAAGGAUUGAUGGUACAAUGGAUUCUCCACCAUGCCUUAAAGUCACCCAUAAGACAUUUGGCACACAGAAUAGUAGUGCUGAUAUGAUCUAUUGUCGCCUGAGCAUGCCUGUGGAAUGCUAUUCUUCCUUUCACCACAGUACUGGCUUGGAAAGUGACAUUUUUCAGAAAAGGAAACAGCUACAAGAAAUAGUUGCUCAUACAACAACACAAUGCUAUUAUUCUGUGCGCAUAUUUGCUGGCCAAGACCCUUCCUAUACCUGGGUUGGAUGGGUGACACCAGACUACCAUUUAUAUAGUGAGAAAUUUGACUUGAAUAAAAACUGCACAGUGACUGUGACUCUUGGAGAUGAAAGAGGCCGAGUUCAUGAAAGUGUAAAGCGUAGCAACUGCUACAUGGUUUGGGGUGGAGAUGUAAUCACCAGUUCCCAGAGAUCAAGUCGAAGUAAUGUGGACUUGGAAAUUGGCUGCCUCAUUGACUUGGCCACAGGCAUGAUAUCCUUCUCAGCCAAUGGAAAAGAACUGGAAUCCUGUUACCAGGUUGAACCCAACACCAAAAUGUUUCCAGCUGUAUUCUUGCAACCCACAAGCACUUCUUUGAUUCAGUUUGAACUUGGCAAGUUAAAGAAUGCAAUGCCCCUUUCAGCAGCUAUAUUUAAGAGUGAAGAGAAGAAUCUUGUUCCCCAGUGUCCCCCUCGCCUGGAUGUCCAGACUAUACAGCCUGUACUCUGGAGCCGUAUGCCUAACAGCUUCCUGAAGAUAGAAAUGGAAAGGGUGAGCGAACGCCAUGGCUGGAUGGUGCAGUGCCUGGAGCCAUUGCAGAUGAUGGCCCUUCACAUCCCUGAGGAGAACAGGUGUGUGGAUAUCUUGGAACUCUGUGAACAGGAGGAUUUGAUGCGAUUCCACUAUCACACACUAAAACUUUAUAGUGCAGUCUGUGCCUUAGGAAACAACCGGGUGGCCUAUGCCCUCUGUAGCCAUGUAGACCUGUCUCAGCUCUUCUACACAAUCGACAACCAAUACCUCCCUGGUCUUCUGCGCUGUGGCUUCUAUGACCUACUUAUAAGUAUCCAUCUGGCACAUGCAAAGGAGGGAAAAGUAAUGAUGAAAAAUGAGUUCAUUAUCCCCAUUACCAAUACCACCAGGAAAAUUAGGCUAUACCCAGAUGAAUCCAAGCGGCAUGGGCUGCCUGGGGUGGGCUUGAGCACAUGCCUUAAACCAGGAUUCAAUUUCUCCACCCCUUGCUUCAUUGUAACCAGUGAAGAUCGCCAAAAAGUAAGCCCUGAGAUUCCUUUGGAGAUUCUCAAGACCAAGGCCCUGAGUAUGCUGACAGAGGCAGUGCAGUGCAGUGGGGCGCACAUCCGGGACCCUGUUGGAGGAUCUGUGGAGUUCCAAUUUGUACCAGUUUUGAAACUCAUUGGGACCUUGUUGAUCAUGGGUGUAUUUGACAAUGAUGAUGUUCGGCAAAUCCUACUCCUUAUUGAUCCCAAUGUGUUUGGGGAACAUACAGAAGAAACACAGGAAAAUAUGAAAAAGGAGGUGACACAGAUGGAGGAGAAGGCUGUGGAAGCUGGAGAAAAGGCCUGCAAGAACAACCAGGCCCCUGUUCGAGGUUUGCUUCAGACUCGGCUGCCAGAAUCUGUAAAGCUGCAGAUGUGCGAGCUUCUCAACUAUUUCUGUGACUGUGAACUUCAGCACCGAGUAGAAGCCAUUGUUGCAUUUGGUGACAUUUAUGUGUCUAAGCUACAGGCAAACCAGAAAUUCCGCUACAAUGAACUUAUGCAGGCCCUGAACAUGUCAGCAGCCCUGACUGCUAAGAAGACCAGGGAGUUCCGAUCUCCUCCACAAGAGCAGAUUAACAUGCUGCUAAAUUUUCAACUGGGAGAGAACUGUCCCUGUCCAGAAGAGAUCCGAGAAGAAUUAUAUGACUUCCAUGAUGAUCUUCUUAUUCACUGUGGUAUUCCAUUGGAAGAAGAGGAAGAAGAAGAGGAGGACACUUCAUGGACUGGCAAACUAAGGGCACUGAUAUAUAAAAUCAAAGGGCCACCAAAGCCAGAGAAGGAAUUACCAACAGAGGAAGAAGAACUGUGCCCAACGACCCUGAAAGAACUUAUCUCUCAGACUAUGGUACGUUGGGCUCAAGAAGACCAAAUCCAGGACCCAGAACUUGUUCGAAUAAUGUUCAAUCUUCUCCGCCGGCAAUAUGACAGCAUUGGAGAGCUUCUGCAAGCCAUGAGGAAGACUUAUACAAUUAGCCAUGCUUCUGUAGAUGAUACUAUCAACUUAUUAGCUGCCUUGGGCCAGAUUCGCUCCCUCCUCAGUGUAAGGAUGGGGAAGGAAGAAGAGUUGCUUAUGAUUAAUGGACUAGGGGAUAUAAUGAAUAACAAAGUUUUUUACCAGCAUCCCAACCUGAUGAGAGUCCUGGGCAUGCAUGAGACUGUAAUGGAGGUGAUGGUGAAUGUUCUUGGAGGAGAGAAAUCUCAGAUUGCUUUUCCAAAGAUGGUUGCUAGUUGCUGCCGCUUUCUUUGCUAUUUUUGCCGAAUCAGCAGACAAAAUCAAAAAGCUAUGUUUGAGCAUCUAAGCUAUCUACUUGAAAAUAGCAGUGUUGGCCUAGCCUCUCCAGCAAUGAGGGGUUCUACCCCACUUGAUGUGGCAGCUUCAUCAGUCAUGGACAACAAUGAAUUGGCGCUGGGCUUAGAGGAGCCAGAUCUGGAGAAGGUAGUCACAUACUUGGCAGGAUGUGGUCUACAGAGCUGCCCUAUGCUCUUGGCCAAGGGAUAUCCUGACAUUGGCUGGAAUCCUAUUGAAGGGGAGCGUUAUUUGUCCUUCUUACGAUUUGCUGUCUUUGUAAACAGUGAAAGUGUGGAAGAAAAUGCUACUGUCGUUGUCAAGCUUCUUAUAAGACGUCCAGAGUGCUUUGGACCAGCCCUCAGGGGUGAAGGAGGAAAUGGUCUGUUGGCAGCCAUGCAAGGAGCUAUUAAAAUCUCUGAGAACCCAGCCCUUGAUCUUCCUUCUCAGGGAUAUAAGCGAGAAAUCAAUUCAGAGGAAGAUGAUAGUGAGGAGGAGAUUGUACACAUGGGCAAUUCAAUCAUGUCAUUUUAUUCAGCUCUCAUAGACCUGCUGGGCCGCUGUGCACCUGAGAUGCAUCUUAUCCAAACAGGAAAAGGGGAAGCCAUCCGAAUCAGGUCAAUCCUUCGCUCCCUAGUCCCUACAGAAGAUUUGGUUGGGAUUAUCAGUAUCCCUUUGAAACUUCCCACAGUUAACAAAGAUGGGUCAGUAAAUGAGCCAGACAUGGCUGCCAACUUUUGUCCUGACCACAAAGCACCCAUGGUGCUAUUCUUGGACCGUGUCUAUGGUAUUGAAGACCAAACUUUUCUCCUUCAUCUUUUGGAGGUUGGAUUUUUACCUGAUUUAAGAGCAUCAACCUCUCUAGACACAGUUUCUCUGAGUACCACAGAGGCAGCACUGGCACUGAAUAGAUAUCUAUGUUCUGCUGUGCUCCCUCUCCUCACAAGACAUGCCCCUUUGUUUGCUGGAACGGAGCAUUAUACCUCUCUGAUUGAUUCCACACUUCAAACUAUCUAUAGACUCUACAAGGGACGCUCCCUCACCAAAGCACAGAGAGACACCAUAGAAGAAUGUCUGCUUGCUAUCUGCAAUCACUUACGACCUUCCAUGUUACAACAACUUCUACGCCGUCUUGUCUUUGAUGUACCACUCCUCAAUGAAUAUUGUAAAAUGUCACUUAAGCUUUUGACAAAUCAUUAUGAACAGUGCUGGAAGUAUUACUGCCUUCCCUUGGGAUGGGGUGGCUAUGGCUUGGCCGUGGAAGAAGAAUUACAUUUAACGGAGAAGCUCUUCUGGGGGAUUUUUGACUCUCUCUCUCAUAAGAAAUAUGAUACAGAUCUCUUCCGAAUGGCCUUACCUUGUCUCAGUGCAAUAGCUGGGGCCCUCCCACCUGAUUAUUUAGACACCAGAAUCACAGCCACAUUGGAAAAGCAGACUUCAGUAGAUACGGAAGGAAACUUUGAUCCCAAACCUAUCAAUACCAUCAACUUUUCUCUUCCUGAAAAACUGGAAUAUGUGGUCACCAAGUAUGCUGAGCAUUCACAUGACAAAUGGGCCUGUGACAAGAGUCAGAAUGGAUGGAAAUAUGGUAUCUCUCUGGAUGAAAAUGUGAAGACACAUCCGUUAAUAAGACCUUUUAAAACAUUAACUGAAAAGGAGAAGGAAAUUUAUCGCUGGCCUGCCAGAGAGUCUCUCAAAACCAUGCUAGCUGUGGGCUGGACAAUAGAGAGAACCAGAGAAAGUGAAGCAAUCAUUCAACAGCGAGAAAAUGAAAAGCUUCGCAGCAUUUCCCAAGUCAGCCAAGGCAACAGCUACACUCCUGCUCCAGUUGACCUUUCAAAUGUUGUGCUUUCUAGGGAAGUCCAGGUCAGUGCUAAUGUUUUCACUAUAUGUAUUCUUCAGAAUUUACCUUUAACAAUGAAUCUGAAGGAUAUGGAAUUGGAUGCCUCCUCAAUGGAAAAGAGGUUUGCCUAUAAAUUUUUAAAGAAGAUUCUAAAAUAUGUUGAUUCUGCUCAAGAGUUUAUCGCCCAUUUGGAAGCCAUUGUUAGCAGUGGGAAAACAGAGAGGUCUCCCCAUGAUCAAGAGAUUAAGUUCUUUGCCAAAGUUCUCCUUCCUUUGGUCGAUCAGUACUUCACCAAUCACUGCCUCUACUUCCUUUCAUCCCCAUUAAAGCCGCUCAGUAGCAGUGGGUAUGCCUCGAAUAAAGAGAAAGAAAUGGUGGCCAGCCUAUUCUGCAAACUUGCUGCUCUUGUUAGACAUAGGAUUUCCCUCUUUGGAAGUGAUUCCACUACAAUGGUGAGCUGCCUGCACAUCCUAGCUCAGACCCUUGACACUAGAACAGUAAUGAAAUCAGGAUCAGAGCUGGUAAAGGCUGGGUUACGUGCAUUCUUCGAAAAUGCGGCAGAAGAUUUGGAGAAGACUUCAGAAAACUUAAAGCUUGGGAAGUUCACUCAUUCCCGAACACAGAUUAAAGGUGUCUCUCAAAAUAUCAAUUAUACCACAGUGGCUCUUUUACCUAUAUUGACCUCCAUCUAUGAGCAUGUUGCCCAGCAUCAAUUUGGAGUGGAUUUGCUCUUGAGUGAUGUGCAGAUUUCAUGCUACCACAUUCUGUGCAGCCUCUACUCCCUUGGGACAGGAAAAAACAUCUAUGUGGAAAGGCAACGUCCAGCACUUGGAGAAUGUCUUGCUGCACUGGCAGCUGCUAUGCCAGUAGCGUUCUUGGAACCCUCUCUCAACUGCUACAACUCGCUCUCAGUCUUCAACACCAAAACCUCCAGGGAAAGAUCCAUUCUAGGGAUGCCUGAUAAAGUAGAAGAAAUGUGCCCAGACAUUCCCCAACUGGAAGGACUGAUGAAGGAAAUCAACACUCUGGCUGAAUCAGGAGCCAGAUAUACAGAGAUGCCCCAUGUCAUUGAAGUGAUCUUACCCAUGCUCUGUAAUUACCUGUCUUACUGGUGGGAACGAGGGCCUGAGAAUCUACCACCCAGUGCAGGACCCUGUUGUACCCUAAUUACUUCUGAACACCUCAGCAUCAUUCUUGGAAAUAUACUGAAAAUUAUUAACAACAACCUAGGCAUUGAUGAAGCCUCUUGGAUGAAGCGCAUUGCAGUUUAUGCCCAGCCUAUUAUAAGCAAAGCCAGAUCUGACCUGCUUAAAAGUCACUUCAUCCCAACUCUGGAGAAACUGAAGAAGAAGGCAGUGAAGAUUGUAUUGGAAGAGGAACAGCUUAAAGCAGACAGCAAAGGUGAUACACAAGAAGCAGAACUCCUCAUUUUGGAUGAGUUUGCUGUCCUCUGCAGGGACCUCUAUGCAUUCUACCCGAUGUUAAUUCGUUAUGUUGAUAAUAACAGAUCUAACUGGCUUAAAAACCCAGAUGCUGAUUCUGAUGAGCUCUUCCGAAUGGUGGCUGAGGUUUUUAUCCUUUGGUGUAAAUCACACAACUUCAAGCGGGAAGAGCAAAAUUUUGUGAUUCAGAAUGAAAUUAACAAUCUGGCAUUUUUAACUGGAGACAGCAAGAGCAAGAUGUCAAAAUCUGGAGGACAAGACCAAGAGCGGAAGAAAACAAAACGGAGAGGUGAUUUGUACUCCAUCCAAACGUCUCUUAUUGUGGCUGCCCUGAAGAAAAUGCUACCCAUUGGUUUAAAUAUGUGUACUCCAGGUGAUCAGGAGCUAAUCUCCCUGGCAAAAAUAAGAUACAGUUAUAGGGACACAGAUGAAGAAGUCAAAGAUCAUCUGAGGAAUAACCUGCACUUGCAGGAAAAGUCAGAUGAUCCAGCUGUAAAGUGGCAACUUAAUCUGUAUAAGGAUGUUCUAAAGAAUGAGGAGCCCUCUGAUCCAGAAAAGACAGUAGAGCGAGUACAAAGGAUCUCAGCAGCUGUCUUUCAUUUGGAGCAGGUAGAGCAACCACUUCGAUCCAAGAAAGCUGUCUGGCAUAAACUUUUAUCCAAGCAACGGAAACGAGCAGUGGUAGCCUGCUUCAGGAUGGCUCCCUUAUAUAAUCUCCCCAGGCACCGCUCUAUUAACCUCUUCCUCCAUGGUUAUCAGAGAUUUUGGAUAGAAACAGAGGAGUAUUCCUUUGAAGAAAAACUAGUACAGGAUUUGGCUAAACCUCCAAAGAUAGAGGAGGAAGAAGAGGAAGAAGCUGAAAAGCAACCAGAUCCACUUCAUCAGAUCAUUCUCCAUUUCAGUCGGAAUGCUCUCACUGAGAAAAGCCAUUUGGAGGAUGACCCUCUUUAUACUGCCUAUUCAGGCAUGAUGGCCAAGAGUUGUCAGAGUGGUGAAGAAGAGGAGGAAGAAGAAAAGGAAAAGACCUUUGAAGAAAAAGAAAUGGAGAAGCAGAAAACUCUUUAUCAGCAAGCUCGCUUGCAUGACCGUGGUGCUGCAGAGAUGGUCCUUCAGAUGAUUAGUGCUAGCAAAGGUGAGAUGGGACCCAUGGUUGUAGAGACUCUGAAGCUUGGCAUUGCCAUUCUGAAUGGGGGCAAUCCUGGAGUGCAGCAGAAAAUGCUGGACUAUCUGAAGGAAAAAAAGGAUGCUGGAUUCUUUCAAAGCCUCUCUGGUCUUAUGCAGUCUUGCAGUGUCCUUGAUCUGAAUGCAUUUGAAAGGCAGAACAAAGCUGAAGGCCUUGGAAUGGUUACUGAGGAAGGAACACUUAUCGUUCGGGAGCGUGGUGAAAAGGUACUCCAGAAUCAUGAGUUUACCUGUGAUCUCUUCAGAUUCCUGCAGCUGCUUUGUGAAGGUCAUAACAGUGACUUUCAGAACUUCCUUCGUACUCAAAUGGGCAAUACCACCACUGUGAAUAUCAUCAUCAGUACUGUUGACUACCUCCUACGCCUUCAGGAAUCAAUCAGUGACUUCUAUUGGUACUAUUCAGGGAAGGACAUCAUUGAUGAAUCUGGACAGCGAAACUUCUCUAAAGCUUUGGCUGUGACCAAACAGAUUUUCAAUUCCCUUACAGAGUACAUCCAGGGCCCUUGCAUUGGAAACCAGCAGAGCCUGGCUCAUAGCAGAUUGUGGGAUGCAGUUGUUGGCUUCCUUCAUGUGUUUGCUAACAUGCAGAUGAAACUCUCUCAGGAUUCCAGUCAGAUUAAAUUGCUGAAAGAACUCUUAGAUCUCUUACAAGACAUGGUGGUGAUGCUGCUUUCCCUCCUGGAAGGGAAUGUUGUAAAUGGAACCAUUGGUAAGCAGAUGGUUGACACCCUUGUAGAGUCAUCUACUAAUGUAGAAAUGAUAUUGAAAUUCUUUGACAUGUUCCUGAAACUGAAGGACUUGACCAACUCAGAUGCCUUCAAAGAAUAUGACCCAGAUGGGAAAGGAAUUAUCUCUAAGAAGGAAUUCCAGAAAGCCAUGGAAGGGCAGAAACAGUAUCCCCAGUCAGAGAUUGAGUUUCUCCUUUCCUGUGCAGAGACUGAUGAGAAUGACAUGUUUAAUUACGUUGAUUUUGUGGACAGGUUCCAUGAGCCAGCCAAAGACAUUGGGUUUAAUGUAGCUGUGUUACUAACCAAUCUUUCAGAACACAUGCCCAAUGAUUCCCGCCUGCAGUGUUUAUUGGAUCCCGCUGAAAGUGUCCUGAAUUACUUUGAACCAUAUCUGGGGCGCAUUGAGAUAAUGGGUGGAGCCAAGAAAAUUGAACGUGUUUACUUUGAGAUCAGUGAGUCUAGCCGAACACAGUGGGAGAAACCUCAGGUUAAAGAGUCUAAACGACAGUUUAUCUUCGAUGUUGUCAAUGAAGGUGGGGAACAGGAAAAGAUGGAAUUAUUUGUAAACUUCUGUGAAGACACAAUCUUUGAAAUGCAGCUGGCAUCCCAAAUCUCUGAAUCUGACUCAGUUGAAAGACCUGAAGAGGAAGAGGAUGAAGAAGAGUCUUCCUGCAUAGUAGAAACUAAGGAGGAUGAAGAAGAAAACAAAACACUGGAGUCUGCUUCUGCUUUUGCCACAGCCUGUGUCUCAGUGAAGAGAAAUGUGACAAGUUUUCUGAAAAUGUCCAGUCUUAGAAACCUCAAGAAGCAGUACAGGAAGGUGAAGAAAAUGACUGUCAAAGAACUGGUCAAAGUGUUUUUUUCUUUCUUCUGGAUGUUUUUUGUGGGAUUGUUCCAAUUGUUCUUCACCAUUGUGUGGGGAAUCUUUCAGAUUCUCUGGAAUACUGUGUUUGGGGGGGGCUUGGUAGAAGGAGCAAAGAACAUCAGAGUAACCAAGAUCCUUGGUGACAUGCCUGAUCCUACACAGUUUGGCAUCCAUGAUGAUGUUAUAGAAGCAGAAAGGGCAGAAGUGACUGAGCAGAGCAUCACAGCCGAACUGGUGCAUUUUGUGAAGGGUGAGAAGGGAGAGGCAGAUAUCAUGUCCGAUCUUCUUGGGCUCCACCCAAAGAAGGAAGGUGGCCCAAAGCAUGGCCCUGACCCUGGCCUUGGGGAUCUCUCUGAGAUCAUUGGAAACGAUGGGCCCCCCACCUUAGAGAGCACAGUUCGGAAGAAAAGGAAAGCACAGGCAGCAGAAAUGAAAACUGAAAGUGAAAGAGAAGGAAAAGUGGAAUCUGAGAAGGCAGAUGUGGAAGAUGGAGAAAAGGGGGACAAAGUUAAGGAGGAGGAACAACAAGAAGAAAACUUGGGUGGGGAGAGGACCAAGAAGAAGCGUCGUCAUGGCCAAAAGGAGGAUAGGCCUGAAGCCUUCAUGGCUAAUUUUUUCAAAGGCCUAGAAAUUUAUCAGACCAAAAUGUUGCAUUACCUGGCCAGGAAUUUCUACAACCUGAGAUUCCUUGCUUUGUUUGUGGCCUUUGCCAUUAAUUUCAUCCUACUCUUCUACAAGGUAACUGAGGAGCCCUUUGAGGAUGAUGCAGAGGAUUCCAACCUGUGGACUCCCUUCAAUGAAGAGGAGGAGGAAGAAGAAGGGAUGGUGUUCUUUGUCCUGCAGGAGAGCACUGGGUACAUGGCACCAACGCUGAGGGCUCUGGCCAUCAUCCACACCAUCAUCUCCUUUGUGUGUGUUGUGGGCUAUUACUGCUUAAAGGUCCCUCUGGUGGUAUUCAAAAGGGAAAAAGAAAUAGCCAGGAAAUUGGAAUUUGAUGGUUUGUAUAUCACUGAGCAGCCUUCAGAAGAUGACAUCAAGGGACAGUGGGAUCGCCUAGUCAUCAAUACACCAUCUUUUCCUAACAACUACUGGGACAAAUUUAUAAAGAGAAAGGUGAUCAACAAGUAUGGUGACCUCUAUGGAGCUGAGCGUAUUGCUGAACUUCUGGGUUUGGAUAAAAAUGCCCUUGACUUUAGCCCAGUUGAACAGACAGAACCAGAGGAAGCCUCCCUUGUGUCAUGGCUGAGUUCCAUUGAUAUGAAGUACCACAUCUGGAAGCUGGGAGUUGUUUUUACUGACAAUUCCUUCUUAUACCUGGCCUGGUACACAACUAUGUCUAUCCUUGGUCACUACAACAACUUCUUCUUUGCUGCUCAUUUACUGGACAUUGCAAUGGGUUUCAAGACACUGAGGACAAUUUUAUCUUCUGUAACUCACAAUGGGAAACAGCUGGUACUGACUGUAGGACUUCUGGCUGUUGUUGUUUAUCUCUACACUGUGGUGGCUUUCAACUUCUUCCGAAAGUUCUACAACAAGAGUGAAGAUGAAGAUGAACCAGAUAUGAAAUGUGAUGACAUGAUGACGUGCUACCUGUUCCAUAUGUACGUGGGAGUAAGAGCUGGGGGUGGCAUUGGAGAUGAAAUCGAAGACCCCGCUGGGGAUCCUUACGAAAUGUAUCGGAUUGUCUUUGAUAUCACAUUCUUCUUCUUUGUUAUUGUUAUCCUGCUGGCCAUCAUCCAAGGUUUGAUCAUCGAUGCCUUUGGAGAAUUGAGGGACCAGCAAGAACAAGUGAGAGAAGAUAUGGAGACUAAAUGUUUCAUCUGUGGGAUUGGCAAUGACUAUUUUGAUACGACUCCCCAUGGUUUUGAAACCCAUACAUUACAAGAGCACAACCUAGCCAACUACUUGUUCUUUCUGAUGUAUCUGAUUAAUAAAGAUGAAACAGAGCACACAGGUCAGGAAUCUUAUGUCUGGAAGAUGUACCAAGAAAGAUGUUGGGAUUUCUUUCCAGCUGGUGACUGCUUCCGUAAACAAUAUGAAGAUCAGCUCGGAUAACUGUGAUAAGAUAAAAGGAGAUACCAUAUAACCAGCUGACUCUACAAAGGAACUCUGUAGCAUGCGCCCAUGCAUACUACUUCAGCAGCCGUGUCUGAGAAACAAACACUUCUUCAUCAAGGACCUCUCAUAAACUGUGACUUCUAAAACUGAUUGAUUAGGCUUUUCGUGCCUAACAGAUCCAUGCUGUGGGACUUAACAUCAUCUAUAUUUUAAGGAGAGAGGAAGCUGUGUCAAAAAACUUAAUUACUUUCCAGUUGUAAACAGAGUUAGGUUACUGGCAUGGUUUUGAAUCCCAUCACUCUUUAUGAGUUUGGUAAAAGUCAAAAGGGCUAAAAAAGUUUUUUAGUCUUAAAUGCACAAUAUCUGAAACUUUAAAAAGAAAACUUUUGAACAUCAAGUGAUAAUGUCUCCAUUUGUUACUCAUGUUCUGAACUUAAGAAAUGUUUUAACUACAGUCAACUUUUCCCAUGGUACUUGCUAGUGAAUGUAUCCAGAUACAGCUUGAAAAGCUUUAAGCAGUUAAAAGAAAUAGACAAAAUUCAACACUUUAUCGACACUGAAAUAUCGAUUAAGUGCCUUAAAACUUCUGUAGACAUAGCUAUGCAAGUUUUUUAUGUUAGUGUUUUAGAUGGAAAGUUUCAUUAAUUAGUUGUACUGCUCUUCUAUUUUAAUGUAUGAAACUGCACUUGAAGGUUAUCUAUUCUAUAUGAUUCUGUCUAUAGCAGCUAAGCAGUAGCUGUUAUUAGAAAAAAUGUACUGUAUCAGAAACUGGAAAUCUAAAUUUUAUGCCAAAAUCAAAUAAGGCUUCAUGGUCCUUUGUAAGUAGUGAAUCUGCUACAUUUAGAUGUUUCUCCUGAAAUAAAACGAAGUGCCCCCUGCAAUAAAACAUUACAAACCAAA